AUGAGGUAUCUUAGAAAGUUUAGUGGUGAUCAAAUCACCGUUGAAGAUAUGAUGCCAAUAUCUCAUGACAUCAACUUGGAUAUCCCAGAGAUCAAGAAAAAUGGCCCAGUAAACUUGAAUGAUCUUCCAAUCAGGGUGAAAACUAGAUUUCGUGGUAAAAAGGGAAAUCCAACAAGAAGAGUUGUAAGCACUCCAAUAUUUGACCUUGUUACACGGAUGGAAGAUAUGUCAAUAGGUUUGAUGCCACCACCUAAAUUUAAAGAUGAACUUUCAUCAUCAAGCCCAAAGCCAAAAGCAUUACCAAAAGCAAGAAAGCCACCAAUGGAUUUUAAAAACUUACCACCAACUCCUAUUCAAAGAUUCCAAAAUCAACAACAAAAGAGACAAGUUUCAAUGCCUAUCCAACUAAAUCAAACUGAAAAACCAUUACAUCAACUCCAUGAUUACACCAAUAUUAUCCAAAUUUAUGAAGAGAAUUCACCAUUUGGAGUCAUGCCAACAGACCAAUCGCCAACAACUCCACAAAUCCUAAACUCACAUCACAAUCUUUCAUCACCAGAAGUGAAUUCCGCAUCCUCAGCAUCUUCAGAGUCAGACACAGCAUCAAACCCAUCAAGCACAUACUCAUUUGUUGAUUCUCCAGAAGAUGAUGUGUUGAGUAUUGAGCCAUCGGUCAUCACCAAAUAUUCUGAUCAAAAUCCUCAAAACUUCAAAUCAAAACUCCAUCCAAGGGAUUCAAUUCGUUACAUGAGAAAUUACGAUGAGUAUCAUGAUCAAUUUGAAAUCAAAACCAAAACACCACCAAUAUUACCACAACACACAAUCAAUGUCAUCAAGAAAGAUGCAUAUUAUAAAUCUAGAGCAAAUUUUGAAGGAGAAGCACAAACCCAUGAUCCAUCUGCACCUCAGUCACCCUGUAAUGAACGUGAUACUUCGAUAUUCACAAGAAGAUCUAGAAGAUUGCCAUCAUUACCAGCCAACAUAAUCAACUCAGAUAUUAUAUCCUCAACACAACAGCACAACCAACCAAUACAUCAAUUUCAGUCACCAGGGUAUAGAGGUGGGCUCCGUGUAGUUAACAGGGUACCAAGCUGA